CAAUGCAGCUUUACGACAGUUUCAACAACAUAUAGCCGUCUCCCUUUACGGCAGUGGGUGUAACUCGCUUAGCAGAACCAGCUAUCUGUCACGAGGCGAUGCGCUUUGGGUCUCUGGCUGCAGAAACACUGACCGCUGGACCCUUGAGAGCUUUAGCUGUGACGGUGUUCCUGAGUGUGUUGAUGCUCCCGCUGCUGAGGACUGUUGGACUGAGAGUUUUCUCGAUGGCCUCUGAGACGUACAGACCUGGCUCUCUCUCUGCUGCCUUCGUCACCUGUCCCAACGACACCGUGGCUAGAACCCUGGCCAGGGGUAUUGUGGAAAACAAACUAGCUGCUUGCGUCAACAUUGUUCCAGCAAUCACAUCUGUAUAUGAAUGGCAGGGUAAGAUUGAAGAGGACAGCGAAGUGAUGCUGAUGAUUAAAACAAGAAGCUCCAAGGUGCCAGCUCUAGCUGAAUACGUCCGCUCUAACCACCCCUACGAGGUGGCCGAGGUGAUCAGCCUGCCCAUCGAGCAGGGAAACCCGCCGUACCUGAAGUGGAUCGAAGGAGUCGUUCCUGAAUAACUGCGAUUAUCUUGACUGAUAUUUGAGGGAAUGGUCGUUUUGCACCGUAAUUCUGAGGUUCUGUGCCAAACAAACGUUCAAAGUCUGUGGGAGAAGAUGUUUGUAUGUGGGGAUAUCUCUGCAGCUCCACAAAACAGUUUAUUUCUGACAAAUAUUUGCCCUUUUAAGAAGUAUUGAGCUUCCUGCCAUUUGAAUAUUGAGCAUAUUGUGAAGCACUCACUACUAAGAGUGGAAGAAUGUUACAUUUCAAUUUCAAAAGUGUGUGUUCAUGCCUGAAAUAUACAAAACAAGUCUGUCGUUGUAACGCUACCUGCAAAAAAGGUAUAAGUCAAGACAAGGGGCCCGUUAUGGGAAUAAAUAACACCUGGUGUGGUUAAACUGUUAAACGGCUAAAACCUGUCAUUUCUGUUGCUAAAAUACAAAAAACUUCACUCAUAGGUUGUAUUUCUAUUAUAAAAACGAUGUAACAGGUGAAAUACAUUCCUUUUUGGUGCAAGACAAAGACAAAUGGACAUACAUUCAAAAUAAGUAACUCAUUCUAACAUGAUUACAACUCUGAGACGGCUAAAACAUGUCCUUUUGGACCCAUCAUUUAAGUCCUUUAAGUGCUUCAUAUGUUCAGUAUGUAUACCUGCUUCUACAUGUGUACUCCCUCAUUUAAAAGGGUGCUGGAUAAACUGACAGUGUAAUGUAAAAGUGCAAGACAUACGUUCUGAUUUCUACUGAGAAAGAUCCAUAUUUCAAUAAAGAGGACGAUGUUUUUUAUAA